AUGACAGAUGCUACCUAUAGAAACAAAAUUGUAAAUAAUGUUAUGAAUAUUUUGUAUGGUAUUUGUACAGCUUGUGGAUUAAACUUACUGUUAAUGUUAGCUCUCUACUUUCAAAGAAAUAUCCCAGAAUUUGUGAAGAUGUUAAGGUGUAUGAGAAUUAAUCCAUCCACAGGUAAAGAAAACGAAUCAUUAUGGUUACAAAUCAAGAAUGCUGUUUCUACAGUCAAAAGUAAAUUAGAUAUAAGCAAGAAACUAAUUCAAUAUGUGAAAGAUUUCAUUCUACUAAGUGAUGAGAAAUAUCAAACAUUCAUUGAAUAUACAGGUUUGAAAUGUAUUCUUCCUUGUUCUAGAACAUUGUGUAGAUUGAGAAGUGCCAUUCAUGAAUGCACCCAAGCUAGAUAUAACGUGUUUGUUAAUGGUGUAGCCGUUUGUUGUAAUUUUGUGAAAGUAUUGGGUGACAUGUUAAAUAUUCACAAAUCAAUUUGUAGCAAGAAUAAUAUUAGCAAUAGCCUUUCUAGUGUAGACUUGAAACUUUCAUUAGAUAAGGGAACUGAGACUUAUUUGGUGGGAUCUGUUGCUCCUUUAAAUUUACAAGUGGCAGCACAAUCCAGAUUCUCUCAAAUUAUUUGUGCCAUUCUAGAUUAUGAUGAAAAUAUGGAAGCAUCUAAUGCCAUUUUAAGGUUCAUUACUUCAAUAUUAGAGGAAAGUUACAAUUCUUUAACUGGUUUCUUUGAAAUAAUGUAUAAUGAUACUUCCAUUCCAAUCAAAAUAUUCAUGGUACAUGAUUUGAAGAUGUUUGGAUUAAUAUCUGACUUGAAUGAUGAAGAAUGUUUUUGUCCUUAUUGUAAAUGUAAGAAAUCACAACGUCAUCUUUAUGAACAUGAUAAUGAUCCAAGAACAUUAUUUUUCAGAAUGAUGCCUAAUGUCCUAGUCCAUAAUAUUAUUUGUUCCUUGCAUAUGAAGAUGAGAAUUGUUUCUUGUUUGGUGGUACAGAUUUUACUCCAACACGGAAAAGAUGUAUGGGAUGUAAUUGAAUCAAGAAUGAAAAGAUUACCACAUCUAUCUCAAUUCAAAUACAGAAACGAGAGACAAGAGGAUGAAGAUGAAGGUGUGAGUGAUCAACAUUAUCCAAAAAUUCCAUAUUUAAAUGGUGAUCAAGUUGAUGAAAUCCUCCGCAACUUUGAGAAAAUAUUUGAUGGCUAUUUGGAUUACAAAGGAGUGAUGUUGUGGGAGUUGGUUCGAGUUAUUUUUUUUGAUUUUAUUGAAGGUCCUGAUUCGCUAAUUGGUGAUGUGGACAAGAAGGACACUUUACAAUUAAUGUGCAAGUACGUUGGCCGUUUAUUGAGAGAGAUUUAUCCAACAUCAAAAUUUGCAUAUUACUUCCACAUUUUGAUUAAGCAUGUUCCAGAUUUGAUUUUCAUUUAUGGUCCAUUAGUGAAAUUUGCUAAUGAAGGAAGUGAAAACAUCCAUGCUGGCCAUCGGUUAGCUCUAGAAAGAAGCACAGCUUCAGGUGGAAAAGCAAAUAAGUUAGAAACUCUCCAACUGUUACAACAAGAGCACAGACGUAUUUAUUUAGCAAGUGUAAAUGGUUUCCCAUGGCUAGGAAAACACACUGAACUGAAAGAAGUUGAACAAAGUGAUCACUCAUUCCUUCACUCCAAAUUACUAAUUAUGGAACUUGGUGAAAUGAAUGAUGAAAAUUGUCCGUUCGUUCGAUCGAAUAAUUGGACGUUCAGUGAUGAGUCAGCAGUUGUUGAUUGUAUAGAAGAUUUUUGA